GGUGGAAUCAUAGCGGUGGGGUUUUGCCGCUGGAAUCUCUUUUACUUUUUCUUCUGUGUUGAGUCUUACACAAAACAAAGGCUCUUUCGCUAUCAGUUGCUUUCUUUCUUUAGUCCCAUAUGUAUAUAUAGCACCCAAAAGACACCCUGCGAGGCAAGUGAGGAUAUGUUUUUCUAAGCUACGAGAUUUUAUCACAAAGGAUAAAGAAAGAAAACUGUAUGUAUAUAUGGGUUGUGCCGAGUUUUUGGCUUGUGAUUUGAGUUCCUUCACUCAAUCUUUUGCUUCAUCUCAAAACAGAGAUAAAGAAAAGACAAAGAGGUUUUCUUAGCUGCAAGAAAAUUCCAAACUUUUAUUGUGCUUUACUGAAGAACAAAGGCUUGGUCUUUGGCUUGGAUUUAUUGGAAUUCUAAUUGGAGAUAGUCAAAUUAAUCCUUGGUUUUCUGUGAAUUUGCUGAUGGGAGAUCAUUUUGUCUUGUUGGUGGAUCGAUUGCUGACGGAAUCUACAUUGGAAGCUGCAAUUGAGAGCAGAAACCGCUUGAUGCAGGCAACAGCAUCAACAGCAAAUGAAACAAAAAUUGUUAUAUCUUCCCAGAAAGUGGAUUCUAGAGAUGAUUCCUCUCCCAAGAAAAUAGUGGAGUGCAGGAUAUGCCAGGACGAGGAUGAAGAUUGCAAUAUGGAGACACCUUGCUCUUGUUGUGGGAGCCUGAAGUAUGCUCAUCGCAGAUGUGUUCAGAGAUGGUGUAAUGAGAAGGGUAACACCAUAUGUGAGAUAUGCCAUCAGCACUUCACACCUGGUUACACAGCUCCACCACCUCUGUUUCAAAUUGGACGUAUUCCAAUGAACCUCAGGGGAAAUUGGCAGACUUCUGGAAGAGAUUUGCAUGGUCCCCAGUUUAUAGCAAUGGUUUCAACUGACCGAAAUUUCCUUAAUCCCGAGUAUGAAGAAUAUUCGGCUUCAACAAGAAACUCAAACUGCUGUCGCUCAGUUGCUAUAGCUUUUAUGGUUCUUUUGAUUCUACGGCAUACUCUUCCAGUCAUCCUUAGGACCAAUGAAGUUUCCUUCCCAUUGCUUAUGUUGUUAUUUCUACGAAUUGCUGGGAUUCUUCUUCCAGUAUAUGUUAUCAUGAGAGCAGUAACUGCUCUCCAGCGUCGCCUCCAUCAACAGGAUCCCCCAAGUUUGUCUUUCAGUACACCCGAAGAAGAAGCCGAGCAUUCAACCUUGCAGGCUCAGCAGCAUAUAGGCAAUGUUCCUUAGCUAAUUCCAAAAUAAAACAUUGUCAUGAGCAGCAUCUGCCCAUUUGUUCAGUCAGUUUUGUGUUUCAUGGUAUACGAAGAUGGCUUCAUUAUCAGAUUUCAAAAGAAAGACCAGAAGUAUAACUUCCAUGGUGAUUCUCUCAAUGGUCAAAGUUCAAUUGGGUUGUGGUUUCUGAAAGAAAGUCAUAGCUUCUCAAACAGCUCUGAGAUGAGAGGCAGCAGUUAGCCUGGAAAUAUUUAGGUAGUAAGUGUCAGCAUAUUCAUCACGCUACCUCCUUCUACAGUGCAACAUUCAAAAUGCCAUUAUAUCAUUAAUCUC